AAAGGCAUCACAGACGACUAUUUCCGGCGUCAGCAUCACAUUCGACGAUGAGCUCGUUUCAACGGGGUUCGGUAGAAUCAAGGCCUUAUACCGACCCUACACCUCUACCGGACGAUGUACCGAAAGUAGCGGAGCUCGGUGUAACAAGUGCACCUUUGAAAAGUGCUGCGUUCUUCAUUGGGGCUUAUUGCAAGGAAUACAACGAGGAUUUCAUGCUCUGCAAGAAUGAGAAUCGUGACCCUGGUCAUUGCUUGAAGGAAGGGCGAAGAGUGACAAGAUGUGCAACGGAUUUAAUCAACAAGAUGAGGGAGAACUGUUUGUCACAAUUCCAAGAACACUGGAAUUGUCUGGAGAAUAACAAUCAGGAAUAUUACAUGUGUCGGAAACCAGAACGUUCGUUGAACAAGUGCAUGUUCGAGAAGCUGGGCUUGACGAAGACCAUUCCUGGAACUCCCCCAGGUCAAAAGCCUAUUCACGAAGUCCCGAAUCCCGUUUUCACGGCCAUCCAGAAGUAGUGAAUUGGUGAUUUAUCUAGACCUUGUAUUCAUUAUUAUAAUCAUUGAAUUUUACAUCUACAAAUUCUCGUAUUGCACUGGGUGAGCUUCGCUGAGGACCGAGUGCGAGC